UCACCUGUACCUCCCAUAACACCCUCCCUUCUUCUCCUUCCAUAAAUUGGAAAUCUAGUUUCAUCCCACAUCUCCGCCAGGUGUCACAAUCGUCCUUUGGCGGUUUCUUCUCCCCGCCCCUCCAGGAUGGCAGUGCGGAAGCGGAAGAGGCUGUAGGGCCAGGGAGCCUGAUUUUAAGCCGGCUGGGUGCUGGGGUCCGGGCCGCCAGCCGCAAUGCCGAGCCCCCGUAGAACAGUCGAGGGACGCCCCCUGGGAGCCUCCGCUUCGAGCAGCAGCAGCAGCCCCGGCAGCCCGGCCCAUGGCGGCGGCGGCGGCGGCAGCAGCAGCAGCAGCAGCAGCAGGUUUGAGUUCCAGUCCCUGCUCAGCAGCCGGGCGCCGGGCGUGGAUCCCACCUGCGCCCGGCUCCGCGCGUCCGAGAGCCCUGUGCACCGCCGCGGCUCCUUCCCCCUGACUGGAGCGGGCCCCUCGCAGGCGCCACCGCCCCCGCUGCCCGAGGAGGACCGCAUGGACCUGAACCCGUCCUUCUUGGGUAUUGCCCUGCGCUCCCUGCUGGCCAUCGACCUGUGGCUGUCCAAGAAGCUGGGGGUGUGCGCAGGGGAGAGUUCGUCUUGGGGCAACGUGCGGCCACUCAUGAAGCUGCUGGAGAUCUCUGGACACGGCAUCCCCUGGCUGCUGGGCACCCUCUACUGUCUGUCCAGGAGCGACAGCUGGGCCGGGCGCGAGGUGCUGAUGAACCUGCUCUUCGCCCUGCUGUUGGACCUGCUGCUGGUGACCCUGCUCAAGGGGCUGGUCCGCAGGCGCCGCCCCGCACACAACCAGAUGGAUAUGUUUGUCACCCUCUCUGUGGACAAGUACUCCUUCCCCUCAGGCCAUGCCACCAGGGCCGCCCUGGUGUCGCGGUUCAUCUUGAACCACCUGGUGCUGGCCAUUCCUCUAAGAGUGCUGGUGGUACUGUGGGCCUUCAUCUUGGGCCUCUCCAGGGUCAUGCUGGGGCGGCACAAUGUCACCGACGUGGCAUUUGGCUUUUUUCUGGGCUACAUGCAGUACAGCAUCGUGGUCUAUUGCUGGCUUUCACCGCACAAUGCUCCAGUCCUCUUUGUACUGUGGAGCCAACAAUAACACCAUCUCAUUCGUUAUGGCACCAGGAGAUCUGAGGGUUUCCACAUGCGAUCAUGCCGACAUAAACCAGCAGCCAUUCCACUUGUCCCUCUUAGGACAUUUCGUGCUUCCUUUGGGAUUCCAGGUGUCCUACCAUCUUGAUGGCCUGCUAGGCUGGAGCACAUGCUGGCCAUUACUGAUCACAGCCAUACUACAGAAAGCAAAAAUCCCUCUAUGAUAUAUGUAUUCAACAACUGUUUGUAUCUCCAGGACAACUGCAAAGAAACCAGGCUGGGGUGAUUAUAAUGUUGCUGUUUUUUAAAAGUUGACAUCAGUAAAAUUGUAUUUUGUAGUAAUCCUGUAAGUUAACAUAUCACUUGUAAAUUGAACUUUGAAAAGGAAACAUAAUCUUCAUUCUGUAAAUAUACAUGCAGAUAAGCCACAUACUAAUCCUAGUUCUUUUCCUAAGGUAGAUUUUAAACAUUUAUUGGGGAAAUUUCCCCUUAUUCCUGCUUUUCUUGGUAAGGCUUUUUUAGUUUAUUGUCUCUUCCAUCUUUGUAGACUUUGUAGUGAGAAGAGAGGUUGUAGCACAUGUCUUUCUCUCCUUUCCUUCUACCUCCUCAAAAGAUCUUUAAAUUUAUAUUUAUUUCCCACUACUCUCUAAUAUUGUCUUUUAGCAUUAAGAGAACAAGCUAAGAACUUACUUGAAGAAACCCUUAAAGAUGGGCAUAUCUAUAAUCCGUAUAGAAAAGGAAGGAUUGGACUAUGGCCUCAUGCUUAAUUAUGUUGAGAACCAUUAACAUGGCAUGAGAGAAGGCAGAAAAGCUAAGCUGCUGAGGAGGUCAAAGGAAGUGAGAGUUUGGGGGUAGGCUAACCACAUACAAUGUCAGUGGACUAGUAUAGCAAGAGAUGGGGCUCUGCUGCCCAUCCUCUCUACUGAAUAAAGAAAAAUGUUCCUCUACUGAGGUAAUAAAAUGGGAAAAUAAUGUGUAAAAUUUUUCAUAUAUACACAAGGAUGACCUUGUAUAUUCGUUUUUCAUAUGGAAGUCUGUUUCCCUGUUUAUAGCACAAUUUAUUUAGAUAACAGUAUUUAAUUUGAAUUUCAUCAGUGGAGUCUGCAGCUAUACCAGGCACAAGGUAUAAUUAACUCCUAAAUUUCCGUUUACAAUGACCUUUACAUUUUUUUUAUGACCUUUACAUUUAAAGCAGUUUAUCCAUGGUGCCUCCCUAAAUCACAAGACCAAAGACCACCAAAUGCAGGAAAGUCCGAAAAGGUAUAUGCUUAAAAUGCUGCUCUACCUGAAAAUACGAACCUUUAAAUUACGUAUACAAUUGGUGUCUUCAAAAAUCUUAAUGACCAAUUAUUUUGACAUUUAUAAAUAGAAAGAAUUAUGGCCUUUGAUCUGUCAUACAGAGGUACACAUAGGAACCUGAAGAAUGGCUAUGAAGAGUAGGCUCUGAUUGGGAUGGAAAUGUGAACUCUGUCAGUAUCAGAGGCACAAUGAAAGAAGAACAGCUACUCCAAAAUAAAAUGAAAUCAUUUGUUUUCCCACAACAUCCUGAACACAGACUACCUCUCACUUGCUGAAUCAGACAAACUGUGAAACCAUAAGUGGUUUGUUUUAUUGUUUAAUCUUAGAAAGAUCCCUCAUUUUAAUUGCAGCAAUAUUCAGGCCAGAUAUUUGGAAGCAUGAUAUUUCCUCUUGCAGAGCCCACAAGUCUGAAUAUUGGCUCAAAAUAAGGCUUACCUUCUGGUUCCUGGUUAUACUUCUGGAACUCCCUGUCUUAGUUGCUGAGGCCUGAGUUGGCUGGCUUUUAAAGCACAGAUCAAUUCACCCUGUUUUUGGAGCAUCCUAAGUACUGUAAAGUAGAAAACUGAUUUCACUGUUAAUUAAUGUAUACUGAGGAAUGCUUUUUGGAAGUCAAAAUAAAAUUAACAAAUAAUGUUGCAAGAAGUGCGAUGAAAACUUGUUUAAUUCUUGCCUUGAUGAGGAAGACUGAUUUAUCACUCAACUUCUCAAGAAUUCCUUCACUUUACUGCACAACUUUGAGAGCUUGCAAUUGAUAUAGCCUAGUCUAUUUGCUGUCAAAGAGGGACAAAACCAGUAAGUUCUCUUGAUUUCAUAGCUGCAUGUAUGAUAAAACCACACCAUUUGUCACUUGUAUGGAGGUUAACCAGAUUUUUCCAUAGCCAUAACCUGUUGGCAUUUGUGCUUAUAAUCAUGGACAGGAGAAAAGCUCCUAUAGCUUGGAAGCAAAGUUGCAAUGACAGCCUGUCACUAACUACAAAUGGAAGCUGAAAUAAGAGGAAUGACUGACCCCAAACAGGAACAAUGGAGUCACUCUGCCACAGCAUCUCACUUAAACAGGAUUUGGUGUAUACUUAUGAAAAAGCUGUUUGUUGAUCGAUUGAUUUCCCUUUUGGAAUUGGCAAGCCAGAGGCAUUUCUAUGAGAAAUAGCUUAGAUAAUAUUUGAUUGGUUCAUAGAGAGGGGAAAUUAUUAGAAAGUGAUACGGCUUUUUGAAAUUAAAUUCUUCCCUGGUUAUUUAAGGUUUUUUUAAAACCUUUCACAACAUCUUUAUCCUGGAAAAGAAAAGAAAAUCCUUCGACUUAAUGCUAGGUUAUUUUUUAAAAAAACAGAAAAUUCAGGAUAAAGCUAAGAAACAAGUUGGCUUUGGGGGCAAAAAAACGGUUGGAAGAGGUUGAGCUGAAUUAAAGGUUAAGAAGUCCGGAAAGACCAAUGUAGAGAAUCUUAGGGACAGAGUAUGAUUUAUUCCAAAAGAUAAUGAUAUAUGUGUGCUGAGGUGGGGAGGGGUGGUGGAAACGAC